UAAUGUGUGAUUCAUAAGCAAUUUAUAAUAUCCCAAUUGAGAGCAGAGGAGAAGAAGAGAGAAUGGGUUCGAUGGGCAAGUUAGAAAAACCUCAUGCAGUUUGUAUACCAUACCCAGCUCAAGGCCACAUCAACCCCAUGCUCAAACUCUCCAAACUCCUCCACCAAAGAGGCUUUCACAUCACCUUUGUCAACACUGAGUUCAACCACAAACGCCUCCUCAAAUCUCGGGGCCCCGAGUCCCUCAACGGGCUCUCUUCCUUCAGGUUCGAAACCAUACCCGAUGGGCUCCCCGAGUCCGAUGCCGAUGCAACCCAACACAUCCCAUCACUGUGCGAGUCCACCAGGAAACACUGCUUGGCCCCUUUUAAAGACCUUCUUUCGAAGCUAAACGACACCGCUUCGUCGAACGUCCCGCCGGUGACUUGCAUAGUCUCCGAUGGGGUUAUGAGCUUCACUGUGGAUGCUGCUGAAGAAUUGGGCAUCCCUGAAGUUCUUUUCUGGACAACUAGUGCUUGUGGCUUCAUGGGUUAUGAACAGUAUCGUAAUCUUAUCGAUAAGAGUUAUAUUCCACUUAAAGAUAAGAGUUGCAUGACAAAUGGGUAUUUGGAUACAGUUAUCGAUUGGAUACCUGGUAUGAAAGGUAUACGUUUGAAGGAUUUACCAAGUUUUCUUCGAACCACAGAUCUAAGCGAUUUUAUGAUUGAUUUUGUGUGCGGUGAAACUGAGAGAGCUCGCAGAGCCUCUGCCAUUAUUUUCAAUACAUUUGAGAAAUUAGAACAUAACGUUUUGGAGGCUCUUUCAUCCAUGUUCCCUCCAAUCUACACCAUUGGACCUUUACACAUAUUAAUGAAUCAAAUCAACGAUGAUAGUCUAAAGUUGAUAGGAUCAAAUCUGUGGAAAGAAGAAACCGAGUGCCUCGAAUGGCUUGAUACAAAAGGACCUAACUCUGUUGUUUAUGUGAACUUUGGAAGCAUCACUGUCAUGACACCAAACCAAAUGGUUGAGUUUGCUUGGGGACUUGCUAAUAGCAACCAGACAUUUUUGUGGGUAAUAAGACCUGAUCUUGUCACUGGCGACUUGGCUAUUCUUCCACCAGAAUUCAUGGAAGCAACAAAAGAAAGAGGCUUAUUGGCAAGUUGGUGCCCCCAAGAGCAAGUUCUUGACCACCCGUCUAUUGGAGGGUUUUUAACUCACUCUGGGUGGAACUCCACACUCGAAAGCAUUUCGAGCGGAGUUCCAAUGGUCUGUUGGCCAUUUUUCGCGGAGCAACAAACAAAUUGUUGGCACUGUUGCACCCAAUGGGGCAUAGGGAUGGAGAUAGAUAAUGAUGUUAAGAAAGAUGAAGUUGAGAGCCUUGUGAGAGAGUUGAUGGUUGGAGAGAAAGGGAAGGAGAUGAAGAAAAAGGCUAUGGAGUGGAAGAGAUUGGCUCAAGAGACCACUGAGAGUUCAUCUGGUUCAUCUUUCUUGAAUCUAGACAAGCUGGUCAAUCAAGUUCUUCUCUCUCCAAGACAUUAGCAUUAGGUUAAUUGCGCUAAACCAAGUUUACAAUUAUCUCUACUAUCUUUUCAAUUUAUUGUCUUGUUUUGGGUUGCGUUGUGUUGAUCUUUAUUUUAUUUUUGUUUUUUUGUUUGUUAUUGAGAUUGAGAUAAGCAUAAACCAAAAAAAAAGAAAAAGAUCUUUUGUAUAUAUAUAUUUUUUUUGUGAUUGAUUUGGAUAUUUUGUCAUUGUUCGGAGAGGUCUUAUAGAACGAAAAAAAUUUGAAGUCAUGAUGACAAUUAUAGUAA